CUGUGCGUGUUGUAUUUAUGUCUUACUGGUUUCUGGGGUGCUGUGUGUGUAUAUAAACACUGGUUUUCGUCAUCACAUCUCAACACUUGUGCCGUUUUGUCUACAAAAGUGCUGGAUUUACUGUCAAUGUGGCAAGAGCUUGGCUGAAGUCAAUCAACAUUUUCUCAGUGAUGCAGAAUUACAACUUUAUUUUAAAAAACUGUUUAAAUCUUCAACAUCUGAACAGAAAUAUAUAUUUACUGUAAGAAUAGAGCAACCUUAACAAUUAAAAAUGUGGUUUAGAUGUCUGUAAAUGUUCUAAGAAGACUUUCAACAUUGAAGUGCUCUGAGUUCUACCAUUGAAAAUGUCCGAAGGGCUACCUAGCGGCUACCGAGAGCCGGUUUACAAGGGAGACUACAGCUUCAACACCGGCAAGCUGCACCAGUUCACAUGGGUGGACUACUUGAUCUUCGCUGCCGUGCUGGCCAUCUCGUCCGGGAUUGGCGUCUUUCACGCCAUCAAAGACCGCAAGAAAAAUCUGGACAACUAUCUCAUGGCUGGUAGAAAGAUGAACCCGAUUCCCGUGGGUCUUUCCCUCCUGGCAAGCUUCAUGUCUGCUGUUACCUUACUGGGCAACCCCGCGGAGGUGUAUCUGUAUUCUAUAAUGUACUUCUGGAUCGCCUUGGGCUAUUUCUUGUGCAUUGCUGGAGCGUCGCACAUUUAUCUGCCAAUGUUCUAUCAACUUCAAGUCACCAGUGCAUAUGAGUACCUAGAGAGACGUUUCUCACGUGGGGUACGCACUGCUGCUUCUUUAGUCUUUGUGCUACAGUCUAUUCUCUACAUGGCUAUAGUCCUGUACGCACCAAGCUUGGCUUUGAAUGCAGUGACAGGAUUUACUCUCUGGGGCUCCGUUGUGGCCAUUGGUUGUAUAGCGACUCUCUAUACCGCAUUUGGAGGAAUGAAGGCAGUGCUCUUCGCUGACAGUUUCCAAGUCCUGAUGAUGAUGACCGCUCUGCUGGCAGUGUUGAUUAAAGGAGGAAUGGUUGUCGGUGGGCUGGGACCUGCCUGGGAGUCACUGAAGCGAACCAACAGAUAUAUCUGGGACGACACCACAGUUGAUCCGUCUGACAGACACACCGUAUGGUCACUUUCUAUCGGUGGAUACUUCACUUGGGUGGCGAUAUUCGGCGUGAAUCAGACACAAGUGCAGAGAGCGGUGACCACUCCUUCACUGACCAAAGCUAAAAUCGCCAUGUGGAUGAACUUCCCCGGGAAAUGUUUCAUCCUGUUUCUCUGCUGUUUCAUUGGCAUCUACAUGUCGGCAUUCUAUGAGAAUUGUGACCCCAUCAAAGCCAAGUUUAUCAGUGAUUCGAAUCAGGUGCUACCAAUGUUUGUGAUGGAUGUAUUGAGCGACCAACAAGGUCUUCCUGGUCUGUUUAUUGCUGGACUUUUCAGUGGAGCGCUAAGUACGUUGUCGUCUGGCCUGAAUUCACUGUCAGCAGCCGUGUAUAAAGAUGUCAUAAGUCUUUACUGGAAAAAUAAGAUCAGUGACAGAAGUGCUAGAAUUCUUUCAAUAGUCAUAGUUAUUAUAUUCGGCGCCAUCUUGCUUGGACUCGCCUAUGUAGCGUCCCUCCUUGGCAACGUACUUCAAGCUGCGUUGUCACUGUUUGGUAUUAUUGGCGGACCUCUGCUUGGUGUCUUUACUCUUGGGAUGUUCUUUCCUUGGGCUAAUUAUAUUGGUGCCUUUUGUGGGCUUUUCGGCAGCCUAAUUUUCUUGUUUUGGAUCGGUGUGGGCGCCGCGGUGUAUACGCCACCGAAUUUGAAGGCGUUCCACUACAUCCACAAUUGUAACCUGUCAGUUCUGUCCAACGGCACCAUCGCCUCCAUGUUCUCUAAUGUGACCAAGGUAUACGACACAGGUGCUCCAGCCUACGACUUGUAUAGGUUGUCUUAUAUCUACUACAGUAUGACUGCAGUACUGUCCACAGUUGUCAUUGGCCUAGUGGUCAGUUUCAUAACAGGCUUUACCAAACCCAAAGAUGUCAAUCCGAGAUUGAUUUGCCCUUUCUUCGAUAUCAUCUUCCCUUUCUGCUUCUUGCCUGAAUGCAUUCGCAAGCCUCUGCGCUUCGGUAUUGUGCAUACAGGGGUGUAUGGCGAGCCAGAGAAAGUGGAAGAUGACAAAGUCAAACACGAGCAUGUUGAGAGUUACCUAAACCUGGCCCUAGAGGUCGACGAGAAACAGGAGAAACUCGACCUGACCAAAAUAGGCACGGACUUGAUUUCUGCGGACAAAUUUCACACCAAACUUUGAAACUCAGCUCAGUAGAAGGGGAAACAACCUACUGUUAUUUAUUAUCAAAUCAUUCGAGUUAUGUUCCUUUUUAUUUGACCUGGUUUCGAUUAACAUAUGUGUUGAUUUA